GUUUCCUCCAAAUAAAAAAAUCAGUAACGGAGCAGAGAGAAACAGACACACACUCACACAUGGAUAAACCACACCCCACCAACCGUUUCCCUCUCCAUUCAUUUUCUCGCCACAACAAAAAAACAAACAUAGCAAUAUAGCAUUAUUAUUACAUAACCGUUCUGUUUCUCACCUUCUUCUCCUCACUUUUUUUUCUUGUUCUUUUCCCUCUUCUCCGUUUUUUCAUGAAUAUGGAGCGCUACACGCUACCCGCACCACCCAUUAAUAUUAUUCUCGAGGAAGAAGAAGAAGAAGAAAACAUUGCCAUUGCCAUGGGUGCCCCUCUUAUCCCUUCCUUUAAAUCCAUGCUUCAACACCAACAACAACAACCUGACUCUUACUUCAACUUCAACUUUAACUCUUCAAUUAGUUCUGCUACCAUACCCUUUGUUCCUAACAUGGAAUCUUUUCCUUCUCUUGACCCUUUCUCCCCUUCACUUUCAUCACUUCCUUUCUUCAACAACAACAGCAGCAACAACAUGGCAUUUGACCCGGGUUUUGACUUGGGCCUGGACACUACUGGGCUUCACUCUUCUGUUCCUCCUGCUCCCCAUCUUUUUUCCCAGGCCCAGAUGGGCUUUGAGUUCUCGGAACUCGAGGCCCUCACUGGACCUGGGAAUGGAAAUAAUGCCCCUUUUGCGGACGGGGCAAAGGUGGCUGCGGCCAUGCUGCUGCGGCCACCUCCUCUCGAUGGGGCGCAGCAGCAGCAGCAGCAGCCGACGCUGUACCGGAAGCGGAGGGGGACGGCGGCGGAAAUUCCGGGGCUGGAGACGGUGAGGAGGAAGGGGAGGAAGUGGGAGGAAGGAGGAAGAGGAGGGGAGGGGGAGGAAGGGAGCAGUGCUGACGUGGAUGGUUCCGGGUUGAACUAUGAGUCUGAUGAGCAGAAUGAGAAUAAUGGGAACAAUGGUUUGAAGCUGAGUGAGAAUAAUGGUGGAGAUAACAAGGGGAAGAGGAAGGGGUUACCCGCCAAGAAUCUCAUGGCGGAGAGGCGCCGCCGGAAGAAACUCAAUGAUAGGUUGUACAUGCUCAGGUCUGUUGUCCCCAAGAUUAGCAAGAUGGAUAGGGCUUCAAUACUUGGGGAUGCAAUUGACUACUUGAAGGAGUUGCUGCAGCGGAUUAAUGAUCUUCAUAACGAGCUAGAGUCAACUCCACCUGGCUCGUUGCUGACACCUUCUUCUACAAGCUUUCAGCCACUAACACCCACCCUGCCAACCCUUCCCUGCCGGGUCAAGGAGGAACUGUAUCCUGGCACCUUGCCAAGCCCUAAAAACCAAGCUGCAAAGGUUGAGGUUAGAGUAAGGGAAGGGAGAGCUGUCAACAUUCAUAUGUUCUGCACCCGCCGACCAGGUCUUUUGCUUUCUACCAUGAGGGCUUUGGAUAACCUCGGAUUGGAUGUACAGCAGGCUGUUAUUAGCUGUUUUAAUGGCUUUGCUUUAGAUGUGUUCAAAGCCGAGCAAUGCAGAGAAGGCCAGGAUGUCCUCCCUGAGCAGAUUAAAGCGGUGCUCUUGGAUUCCGUGGGCUUCCAUGGUAUGAUGUGAUUGGAAUGCUUGAUAAACGCGUUGUCGUUAUUGAGGAGCCAACCGUAGUUUCUGUAGCUUGCAGUUUGUAAAUGCAUUGCUUCUUCUUCUUCUCCUUUGAACUGUUUAGACCCAGAUCAAAUAGGUUAGCUAAAUCGGUAGGUUGAGGAGUUAGCUUUGAUCUUUUGUUCAAUUCUGCUUUUGACAAAAGCGAACUUAUGUUGUUAACUUGAUUAUUAAGCGAUGUAAUAAAUCGUUUUAUUUCUUUUCGUUUCUA